AUGCUGGGCACAGCAGAUGCUGUCCUGGGUGGCUCCCUCUUCCCGCCACUUGCAGAUGAGGUGAACUUGCUGGACAAAAUGGCUUUGCAUGCGCAGGACCUCAGCAAUGUUUCCUUCGGCUACGACGAAGCCAACUGCAGCAUCUUGGAGAUUGGGCAGUACUCGACCCUCAACAUCCCGACCAGGGAGGCCUUUGGGGACAGUUUUGCAGACGAGCUGAGCGUGCUGAUGAAGCUCAGGUACUCGCUGAAGGAGGACACCAGCCUGGUGACUGUCCUUAGCCAUCGGAGCCAGGUGCUCUUCCAGAUAAGAAUUAACCCACAUGCCUUGAUCUUUGUCACCACAAGGAGGAGACACUAUGAGUUCCCAGUUUCCCUACUUGGUGAUGGAGCCUGGCACCAAGUUGCUCUUGGCAUCUCCUUGGAGAGACUGGAGUUGCAUGUGGACUGUCGGCUGCUGGAGAGAGUGAGCUGGUCCAAUUAUUUUGGGCUGAGGGUCACCACGCAGGGGCUAAUCAUCAUUGGAGGCCUAAUCGAAUCCUUUGAGAUUCCUUUUGAGGGUGCUCUGCAGCAGCUGACUUUUGUGAUGGGAGACCCCACGGCUGCCAGCGAGCACUGCCGCAGCUACAACACAACCUGUACUGGCUCCCUCCGCCCCAAGACCUUCCUCAAGCCUUCACAUCCACCGUGGAAUCAUGCACCAGCUGGGCCAGAGGUGCCAAAAGAAACCAAUGAAAUCCAGGACUCAUCUGCUCAGGAUUACACAUUCACUGAUUCUGACUCGGCUUYGGGGCCACCUUGGACGUGGGAGGAUUCCCAGGAAACGCUUAGCCUGCAGCCUGGUGGAGGUGCCUCAACAUCAGUCUCUGCUACUGACUUGCCAUCUGCUSACCAGGAGGAAAGCCUCUCUAUCGAGGAGGAAGGCUUUCAGCUGCUGAACUCCACCUAUAACAGAACCACUGGCCCAGGCAGGCCAGGGCUUGACAGGAGCAGCCCACCAGUGGCUGGCAAUACAAGAGUAUUGGCCGAAGCAAACAGAGCAGCUGUCAAGAAGGAACGUUCCUCAGAUCCCCAGGGGGAGAACGUCACCACGGAAAAACUGAAAGGUGACAUGGGCUCUCGCUCGUGGCCCUUCUCCAGCAAACCUGUUGAUGCCAUUGUUGGUCUGGAGACUCCUUCCUCCUUCCCAAAAGUCUCUCUGCCAGUCAGUCGGACAGCCAGCUCGGAUGCACAUGUACCCAAGGUCCUUCCUGAGCCCCCAGGCAAGGGGGAGGUCAGAAGUUCUCUGGAACAUCCUUUAGAAGCUCCUCUAAGGCCUGAGAUGGCCACAACUGCCCUGCAGACAGGGCCUAGGAAAGGUGGUGUGUACCAUAGUGUGCCUGGAAGCAAAGAGAAGAACCUUGUGGACCACCAAGAGCAGGGGGUCCUGCCAGCAGCAGAUGGACAGCAGGUUUGCAUGAAGCCGGGACCACCAGGGCUGCCAGGACCACCGGGUCUGCCUGGUUGUCCAGGGAGACGUGGACUGAUGGGACCCAAAGGAGACAAAGGGUACCCUGGAGCCAUGGGGCAGACGGGCCCCCCGGGAGACCCGGGCCCUCCAGGCAUGCCCGGCGUCCCUACCGUCGUCCUCUGGAGAAACUCCAGGGAGGACUGGCAGACGUUCACGCAAUCGUCAUUUUACCAGCUUCUGCAUGCAGGGUGGCCGAGACAACCUGGACCUGCUGGGCCCCCAGGACAUCCAGGGAAGCCAGGAGUACCUGGGCCUUCCGGAUAUCCUGGGGAGCCAGGAGAAAAAGGACCACAGGGAUACGUGGGGGAGCCUGGACUUCAGGGCAUGCCAGGGCGUGCAGGUUAUCCCGGCUCCGAUGGGUUUCCUGGCCUGGACGGCAAGCCUGGGCCCUUGGGGCUCCCGGGAGAGCAGGGUCCGCAGGGAUUCAAAGGUGAUCAAGGGCUGCCUGGAGAGAAGGGCGAAGAGGGCUUCUUGGGUGACCCUGGACCAGCUGGGGAGAAAGGAGAGAAGGGAUCGAAGGGUUCGAUGGGUCUGAAGGGCGCUGCUGGCUCCCAGGGCUCCGCGGGCCCCGAGGGAGAGAUGGGUCCGCCUGGCUUGCCGGGGCCUCGCGGCCCACAGGCCAUUGCAGAACUGGUCGCACCAGUUCAGGACCUGCUGUUUGGGACCGUAAGCGUGGGAAUAGCUGUGCAGGGGGUGAACCAAAGCUGGCUGUGUUGCAGGGAGCUGACGGUGCCCCUGGACUGCGAGGCCAGCCCGGACAGGAAGGCCCUGGGGGCUGGGAAGGUCCAAGUGGAGCUAAAGGUGACCUGGGAGCCAAAGGAGAGAAGGGCUCGCCUGGCCGCCAGGGAGCUAAGGGAGCGCCRGGCGGGCGCGGGCAGCCGGGCGCGCACGGCUUCGCGGGCGCCCGCGGAGCGGCYGGACCGCGUGGGGCCCAGGGGGAAGAAGGCCAGAUCGGCCCGGCUGGUCUCAACAGCAGCGAAGGGCCCAAGGGAAGCCGAGGACCAGAUGGCCUCAAGGGAAGCCCAGGACUGCGAGGAACCAAGGGUCUUCCGGGGGCCGGGGGCAGCCCAGGCAGACGGGGAGCGCCCGUGA